AUGACUAACGGGUGUUCAUUGGCCAUUGAGCAGCUCAGCUGGGCGUUCAUGGAGCCCGGUGAAGGUAUCCUGCUCGGUAAACCGUACUACGGCACAUUCAUCGCUGAUAUAUCGCUGCGACCCGGCGCGGUCGUAAUUCUGUCGACUUUGGCGAGCCCAGAGGCUAUCAGCCAGUACGAGAAGGCUGCGACAGACUUUGAGGCCAAUACAGGGAAGCGCGUACGGGCCGUCAUGCUCUGCCACCCGCAUAACCCUAUUGGGCGCUGCUAUCCCAGGUCUGUCAUCCAAGCCUUAAUGAAGAUGUGCCAGGCACGUCAAAUGCACCUCAUCAGUGAUGAGAUCUAUGCACUUUCUGCGUGGAACAACCAGAUCGACACGGGCUUGGCGCUCGUCCGGUUUGAGUCGAUCCUGUCGAUUGAGCCAGCAGGCUUGAUCGAUGCAGACCUUGUACAUGUUCUUUGGGGUAUGAGCAAGGAUUUCGGCGCCAAUGGUCUGCGUGUCGGUGCCAUCAUCUCUCAGUUCAGUCCUGAGCUGCACUCCGCACUUAAGGCAAUGUCAUUGUACUCUUAUGUAUCUGGUCUAUCCGAUCAGAUCACCUCUUCCCUGCUGCUUGAUGAUGCCUUCACGGAUCUGUAUAUCACCCUCAACCGCGAGAGACUGUCGUACGCUCAUGCUUUCUUCGUCCGAAUGCUCGAGAAGAAUGGCAUCGAGUACACGAAAGGCUGCAACGCGGGGUUCUUCGUGUGGCUCAAUCUUGGCAAGAAGUACCUUGAAGCCAAUCCAGACGAGAAGCUUACAAGCGGCACCGAGUUGACGGACAUGAUCAUGCAAAGGUUGCUGGACAACAAGGUCUUCCUGGCCAGUGGGACGGGAUUCGGUUCGGAGAAGCCGGGCUGGUUCCGCGUAGUGUUUGCCCAUCCCUUGACGUACAUGGAAGAGGCAAUGAGACGGAUUCUGGUGGCAGUGGGGAAGGACAAGUAG